AUGGGGACGGCCAAUGUCAAAAGACGGAUGGACAUACCCCAGCCAGCAUCGCACAAUCAUCCCUCUGCACUCUUUGCCGAUCAAAGCUGGAUGCCGGACACGCUAAACGCGCAUGCCGCGUCUCGGAACAUGUUUCCCAUUGCCAUGAGGAUCUGCAUCUGGACCACGACAAGAUCCAGACGGUAUCGACGGCUUCUCCGCGCGCCCUGUAGCAGGUGA